AUGAAUAACCCCACUUUGUACGUACAAGCUAACAGCAUGCAGAAGAGGGAUGCACUCAACUUUUUAGACGACAUCUCCCCUAAACUAAAGUGGAAUAAGAGUAUCAGCAACAUUCUAGACAUUGGAUGUGGAGAUGGAGGUGUCACCAGCAUGCUGAAGAAGUAUAUCCCUACUGACUUCAAGCUGCUCGGCUGUGAUCUCAGUGAGAAUAUGGUGAAUUUCGCCAAUGAACAUCAUUCCAAUGAACAGACCUCGUUCACAGUGCUGGACAUCACAGGAGAUAUACCCGAAGGCAUGAAGGGAAAAUUUGACCAUGUUUUCUCCUUCUACGCCUUGCACUGGGUCUUGGAUCAAGAGCGCGUAUUCAGAAAUAUUUACGAUUUGCUGAGUAAAGAUGGAGAAUGCUUCACGAUAUUAGCCGCAAGCGCACCCCUGUAUGACUGGUACCGCAUUUUAUCGCGUAACAACAAAUGGAGCACUCUGCUUAAAGACGUCGAGAAAUACAUAUCGCCAUACCACGACUCACAGGAUCCAGCGAAAGAAAUGAGGAAAGUAUUGGAAAAAGUUGGGUACGUGGACUACAAGGUGGAAUACAAAAACAUGAUGUAUACGUACAACAACUUCGGCAGUUUCUGGAAAAUGCUUCAUGCAGUCAACCCAUUCAACAUCCCGAAGGAUAUGGAAGAAGAUUUCAAGCAAGAUUAUUUAAAAAUUUUAAAAGAUAUGAAAAUUGUGUCCAAGUAUAAUACCGAUGAGGCAAGUGUGAACUUUAAAUAUCGGACGAUAGUCGUACACGCUCGCAAGCCGGCCUCAGAAUUUUAGGGAAAGGGAUUUUUCGCAUUUUAGACAAUUCUUAGUAAUGGCACAAAGCGUUUACCUCCGUCGGGCA